UUUAACUUUCACUUGGUUACUGCGCCUGGGGCGGGGUUGGGUCAGGUGCCCUUGCAUUUGUUAGCUUCUCCUGGACAGCUCUGCUCUCUUAGUUGUUUUUGUGGAAUGAGUUUUGUGUGUGCCAUUGGUGAGUUGGCUGAAGCUAGCAGACAGGUUUGUCCAGGACUCGCUGGGGAUUAGUUUUGAGAUGUUGGGCAAGGGUUAUCCCCUGGAGCCUCAGUGUCCUUCCCAGUAAAUCAGGGCUAUGAGGAUCAGAUGCAAUAAUGAACUGGAAAGAGCUGAGUGGUCAGUAAAAAAACAAAAACAAACAAAAAAAAACCAAGUGCUAGCAGGGCCUCCACAACUGUGGCAUCUAGAAGUCAGUCCAUUGCCCACAUCCACCAUAACCCACAUACUCACUAGUUGUGGGCCUCCUAAGACAGAGGUAGCCUAGGAAGGAGUGGACUUAAUAAGGACAUGGGCCUUAGCGUAUGCGCUUUUCCUUUUGGCCAACCCAAGCAGAGGUUCAGGGUAAAAAGUGCCCAUCCCAGAGCCUGGCUGACAGUAGACCAAAGGGAAUUGUUUUGUUUGUUUCAAUCCAAAUCUGGACUGAGUCACUGCCAAUUGUCAAGGUGAAAUGGCAAAUCUGGGCUUCCUGUGGUUCCAAAAGUGUGUGACUGGAAAUCCACAGGCGAGCUGGUGGUUGAAGCUGGCUAAAGGACAGCCUUAGGUAUUCCAGAAGUGUUUAAGGAUCUUUUUCAUGGGGGAAGAGGAGAGGGUUUAUAAAUAGGCCUCACAUGUCUUCAGCAUUCUUUUUUGAAGGAGACAAUCAUUGAACUUUGGGGAGCACCAAGUUAGCGUAUCUCUUUCGCCCAUUUUGGGUUAGGAUGGGGAGAGGAGUAAAUAGGUUCUUUCGUCUUUUUCUGUCCUCUCCCUUCCCCCAUUUUCUUCUCCCUAUCCCCACCCACUCACAUGCACACACUAACCUUGAAGCCAAUGAGAUUGAGUGACUGGCACUUGGGACCACAGAGAAAUGUCAGAGUGUUUGGUUACAGACUCAAGGAAACCUCUCAUUUUAGAGUGCUCAUUUGGUUUUAAGCAAAAUUUUGGACUGUGAACCAAGGCAUUGGGUGAAGACAAAAUGGCCUCACCGGCUGACAGCUGUAUCCAAUUCACCCGCCAUGCCAGUGAUGUUCUUCUCAAUCUUAACCGCCUCCGAAGCCGUGACAUCUUGACUGAUGUUGUCAUAGUGGUGAGCCGUGAGCAGUUUAGAGCCCAUAAGACAGUCCUCAUGGCCUGCAGUGGCUUAUUCUACAGCAUCUUCACAGACCAGUUGAAAUGCAACCUUAAUGUGAUCAAUUUGGAUCCGGAGAUCAACCCGGAGGGGUUCUGCAUCCUCCUAGACUUCAUGUACACAUCUCGCCUCAAUCUGCGGGAGGGCAACAUCAUGGCCGUGAUGGCCACAGCUAUGUACCUGCAGAUGGAACAUGUUGUGGACACGUGCCGGAAAUUUAUCAAGGCCAGUGAAGCAGAGAUGGUUCCGGCCAUCAAGCCUCCCCGUGAAGAGUUCCUGAACAGUCGGAUGCUCAUGCCCCAAGACAUCAUGGCCUAUCGGGGUCGUGAGGUGGUGGAGAACAACCUGCCGCUGAGGAACGCCCCCGGGUGUGAGAGCAGAGCCUUCGCCCCCAGCCUGUACAGCGGCCUCUCCACACCACCAGCCUCUUAUCCCGUGUACAGCCACCUCCCCGUCAGCAGCUUUCUCUUCUCCGAUGAGGAGCUGCGGGAUGCCCGGAUGCCUGUGGCCAACCCCUUCCCUAAGGAGCGGGCUCUUUCCUGCGACAGUGCCAGGCCGAUGCCCGGGGAGUACAGCCGGCCAGCCAUGGAGAUGUCCCCCAGUGUGUGCCACAACAACAUCUACUCACCCAAGGAGGCAGCACCAGAGGACACACGGAGUGACAUGCACUACAGUGUGGCUGAGGGCCCCAAGCCUGCUGCCCCCUCGGCCCGGAAUGCCCCAUACUUCACCUGUGACAAGGCUGGCAAGGAAGAAGAGAGGCCCUCCUCGGAGGAUGAGAUUGCCCUGCAUUUUGAGCCCCCCAAUGCGCCUCUAAACCGGAAGGGUCUGGUUAGUCCACAGAGCCCCCAGAAGUCCGACUGCCAGCCCAACUCGCCCACGGAGUCCUGUAGCAGCAAGAACGCCUGCAUCCUCCAGACCUCUGGCUCCCCUCCGGCCAAGAGUCCCACAGACCCCAAAGCCUGCAACUGGAAGAAAUACAAGUUCAUUGUGCUCAACAGCCUCAACCAGAAUGCCAAACCCGAGGGGCCUGAGCAGGCCGAGAUGGGCCGCCUUUCCCCUCGAGCCUACACAGCCCCACCAGCCUGCCAGCCACCCAUGGAGCCUGAGAACCUUGACCUCCAGUCUCCAACUAAGCUCAGCGCCAACGGGGAGGACUCUACCAUCCCACAGGCCAGCCGGCUCAAUAACAUCGUCAACAGGUCCCUGACAGGCUCACCUCGCAGCAGCAGUGAGAGCCAUUCGCCGCUCUACCUGCACCCCCCCAAGUGCACAUCCUGUGGCUCUCAGUCCCCGCAGCAUGCGGAGAUGUGCCUCCACACCGCCGGCCCCACGUUCCCAGAGGAGAUGGGAGAGACCCAGUCUGAGUACUCGGAUUCCAGCUGUGAGAAUGGGGCCUUCUUCUGCAAUGAGUGUGACUGCCGCUUCUCUGAGGAGGCCUCACUCAAGAGGCACACGCUGCAGACCCACAGUGACAAACCCUACAAGUGUGACCGCUGCCAGGCCUCCUUCCGCUACAAGGGCAACCUCGCCAGCCACAAGACCGUCCAUACGGGUGAGAAACCCUAUCGUUGUAACAUCUGUGGGGCCCAGUUCAACCGGCCAGCCAAUCUGAAAACACACACUCGAAUUCACUCUGGAGAGAAGCCCUACAAAUGCGAAACCUGUGGAGCCAGAUUUGUACAGGUGGCCCACCUCCGUGCCCACGUGCUCAUCCACACUGGUGAGAAGCCCUAUCCAUGUGAAAUCUGUGGCACUCGUUUCCGGCACCUUCAGACUCUGAAAAGCCACCUGCGAAUCCACACAGGAGAGAAACCUUACCAUUGCGAGAAGUGUAACCUGCAUUUCCGUCACAAAAGCCAGCUGCGUCUUCACUUGCGCCAGAAGCACGGCGCCAUCACCAACACCAAGGUGCAAUACCGUGUGUCCGCCACUGACCUGCCCCCGGAGCUUCCCAAAGCCUGCUGAAGCAUGGAGUGUUGAUGCUGUCUAUUCGAGCCCCUUCUCAGAAUCUACCCAAAGGAUACUGUAACACUUUACAAUGUUCAUCCCAUGAUGUAGUGCCUCUUUCAUCCACUAGUGCAAAUCAUAGCUGGGCGUGGGGGGAGGGGGGAGGGGGGUGGGGACUGGGAGCCAAGGCAGCUCCUCUUCCCCCACUGCCGUAAAACAUUAAGAAAAUAAUAUUGCUUCUCCUAUGUGUAAGGCGAACCAUGUCAGCAAAAAGCAAAAUCAUUUUAUAUAUCAAAGUGGGGGAGUAUGCAAAAGUUCUGACUUGACUUAGUCUGCAAAAUGAGGAAUGUACAUGUCUUGUGGGAACAGAUGUUUCUUUUGUAUGUAAAUGUGCUUUCUUUUAAAAGAAGAGACUUCAGUAUGUUAUCAAAGAGAGGGCUUUAAUUUUUUUAACCAAAGGUGAAGGAAUAUAUGGCAGAGUUGUAAAUAUAUAAAUAUAUAUAUAUAUAAAAUAAAUAUAUAUAAACCUAAAAAAGAUAUAUUAAAAAUAUAAAACUGUGUUAAAGGCUCGAUUUUGUAUCUGCAGGCAGACACGGAUCUGAGAAUCUUUAUUGAGAAAGAGCACUUAAGAGAAUAUUUUAAGUAUUGCAUCUGUAUAAGUAAGAAAAUAUUUUGUCUAAAAUGCCUCAGUGUAUUUGUAUUUUUUUGCAAGUGAAGGUUUACAAUUUACAAAGUGUGUAUUAAAAAAAAAAGAACAAAAAAAGCUGCGGAAGGAAAAAUGUGUAGUUUUGUUCUAGUUUCCGGUUUGUAUAUACCUAUACAACGUGUCCUACGGUGCCUUUUUCAUGGAAGUUUUCAAUGAUGGACGAGCGUGCCAUCCCUUUCUGAAGUGUAGGCAGACACAGGGACUUGAAGUUGUCACUAACUAAGCUCUCUUUGGGAAUGUUUGUCUCAUCCAUCACAUUCUGCGUCAUGCUUGUGUUAUAACUACUCCGGAGACAGGGUUUGGCUGUGUCUAAACUGCAUUACUGCGUUGUAAAAUAUAGCUGUACAAAUACAAGAAUAAAAUGUUGAAAAGUCAA